AUAUAAGUCAAUAGCGGUUUUUCCCGGAUGGUCUUUUGAAGUAGACAGAAGUGUUUUGAUUUUAAAUAAACAAUGUUCUCAAUUGCGAAACAAAAUUGUGUCGGAAAUUUUAUUCGGAAUUUUCUUAAAACUAAGCAAAAGUCAUUCAAUUCUUUUAAAUCGUUUUCAAUUGGCUGCACAAUGAAAAAUGUUAAUAUGGACGAGCACAACGUCGACUUAAGGAAAGAUUUAAAUAUUUUUAGAACUUUCACGGCCAAAUUAAGACCCGAUUUGAUGGAAGAAAGCAUCAAAUUUAAUGCAUUAUUUCCAGAUGUGAAACGUGAAAUAGUUACAUAUAUUGAGAGAUGUACAAAUAAAGAAACUGCUGAAUACAUUGACAAAUGUCUCCAAUAUAAUGUGCCAAAUGGAAAGCAAUUUCGUCCCAUGCAAAUCAUUUUGGGUUAUAAGGAUAUAGCCGACAAAGAUCAGCAGACUCCAGAAAAAAUGCGUCAGCUGUACAUGAUUUGCUGGGCACUUGAAAUAGUGAAUACAAUUGUGGUAAUUCAUGACGAUAUGAUUGAUGGAGGUUUAGUACGUCGAAAUAGUCGAUGUUGGCACACACUCGACGAUGUGGGAAUGCAUGCUGUGAGUGAUUAUAUACUUGUUCUUCAUAGUGGAUACUUUCUUUUGAAGAAUCAUUGCAAAGAUUUGGCCUGCUAUUCGCGUUUAUUUGAGUACAUAAGCGAAGGAGUAUUUUUCACACAUAUGGGUCAAACUAUGAACAAAUUUAUUAGAUUCGAUGCAAUGGCAGAUGUGGAUAAUUCUUUGAAAAAUAUGCGACAAGUGCAUUUAACAAAAACCGGACAUUUCUUAUUCUAUACACCAAUGUCGAUGCUAAUGGCUCUCACUGGCCAUAACAAUCGCGAAUUUAUCAAACACAUUUGUGCUGAAAUGGGUUAUUAUCAUCAAUGCCAAAAUGAUGUAUUGGAUAUUUUCGAUAUUAGCGGCGUACUUCAGAAAACAACUAACGAUAUCGAAAAUGGUGAAUGCUCUUGGUUGGCUACAACAUGUAUGCAACGCGGUAACGACGAACAAAAACGAAUUAUGAUUGAAAACUAUGGAAAAAAAGAUCCAAAAUGUAGUGAACGUGUCAAACAACUUUUUAUUGAUAUGAGUAUGCUUGAAUUGUACAGAGAAUUUGCAUAUGAAAAAUAUGAUUCAAUUCGGGCAUUAAUUGUGGCUGCCGAAUGUGAUGAACCAGUAAAAAAUGUACUAUACAAUAUACUCGAUUUGCUAUUUCAUCGUUCAAUGGUUAAAUCAAAUUAAAUAUAACAUUUGACUUGGUACAAUUGACAGGGUGACAUUUAUAAACUGUAGUGUGUGUGUGUGCUUUUUUUUCUGGGUGAAAUUUUGCUCAAUUUUUAUUCAAUUUAUAUAUGAUGAUUGUUUAACAUGUGUUCUUCUGAUUGAUGCGGUUUGUAUCAAUGUUUUUUCAUUGUUACUUUGACACU